UCUUCCCCCAAUAUUUUUUUCCUUAAAAAAAACAAACCCACCAAUGGAGCAACUCUCCGCUCCGCCACCACAACCACCGCCUCUCACCACCGUCACAACCACCGACUUAAUUGAAGACCAGACCACAAACUCCACAACUGCACCACAACAACAACAACCGCCGUCACAGAAACUCCGUCUGAUGUGCAGCUACGGCGGCCACAUAGUCCCUCGCCCACACGACAAAACCUUAUGCUACGUCGGCGGUGAUACACGUAUCGUGGUGGUGGACCGUCAUACGACUUUAUCGAACCUCAUUAACCGCCUCACCAAAACCCUAACUCGACCCGUUAAUACUACGACGACGUCGUUUUUGUUCACUUUGAAAUAUCAAUUGCCUUCUGAAGACCUUGAUUCUUUAAUCUCGGUUACUACUGAUGAAGAUUUAGAAAACAUGAUUGAUGAAUAUGAACGCCUCAAUAAUAUUAAUAAUAAUAAUAAUAUUACUUCAAAUCGGUUACGUUUGUAUUUGUUUCCGGUUCAACCCGAACUGGUAACCGUUUCAUCAAUCGGAUCACUUCUAGAAUCUUCUACUAAAUCAGAAGAUUGGUUUCUAAACGCUUUAAACGGUACUACUUCAGGUUUUUCAGAUAAUUCUAGUAUUAAUUGUUUGUUAGGCCUAGAAGACGACGACGUUUUGAUCCCUGAACAAAAAGAUGUUAUUAUUAAUAAGUCUAGUAAUAAUAAUCUUAAUGAUACUAAUAGUGGUAAGGAUUUAGUUAGUAAUAAAACUUUAGUUCAGGAAGUUCAGUCAGUUCCGGAUUCGCCGAUGCUCGAAACGAAUUCGUCAUUCGGAUCGGCAUCGUCGUCUCCUUCGCUGGCGAAUUUGCCGCCUAUUCGAGUUGGUAAUGUCGACGAACAACCGGUGAUCGUCGGUGUGCCGGUUGGAUCCAAAGGUGUGAUCAAUCAGUCACAGCAAUAUCGGUUUGAUAUGACCUCACCUGAUUCGGUUUCGAGUGAUGGUAGUGUAACGAAUCCGUUAUCGAGAUGGAAUGUGAUUAAACCGGCUGUCGUGUAUCAAGAUCCGCAGUUUAGUAAUAGUAGUAGUAAUAGUAAUUUAAGUGAACAGAGUAAUAGGAUACAAAUACAACCACCAUCACAACAACAAUCACAUCCACAACCGCAGUUUGUGCAUACUGCGGUUCCACCACCGCAGUAUAUCCAUCACCAUCCGUCUGGGGCGGUUCCAGUAGGUUCGUAUUACCAAAUGUACACGCCCCAAACACAAGUUCCACAUCCACCGCUUGAUCAGCAUAGUUUUGUGUAUUAUAUGCCUGCUACUGCUAGGCAUCCGCCUGUCCCAGCCGGCCCAACCCAAGGGUAUAGCCUGCCGUUACAGACUGAUGUCUCCCCUGCAGCUUCCGCACCUCCUAGUAGUCAAGUUCCGCCUCCUACUAGUUUGUUUACCACACCCCGUUCUGUGCAAGCGGUGACUAAAACGGAAGCGCCAGUUGCUGUUUAUAGAACCAUGACUUCUGGUGCACCGACUCCUCAAGUUGUUCAUGUUCCCUCUAGCCAACAUCAGCUUCAACCUCCAUACAUUGGGUAUUCUCAAAUUCAUCAACCGGCUCCGCUGGUUGCUUCUAGUGGUGGUGGUAGUGGAGGUAAUUAUGCGUAUGAGUUUACAGACCCGUCCAAAGGACAACAUAUAUAUUAUGCAGCUCAACCAUUGCCAACUCAAUCUGUGGCGCAGUAUCAAACCAUGACGUCAACUUUGCCUGUUGAAGCUCAAGCCGGUUCUCAUGUACAGCCGGAUAAUAGUGUGAAACAGCAAGUGAGAACAUCGCAGCCUUGACAGGUGACUUUCUGAUGAAAAUUUUGCAGUGAAGUGUGUUUUGUUUUAUAUAUUUGUGUUUAUUUUCUUUCUAUUAUUCUUAUUUCGUGUUUACAUUGGUUUGUGGUAUGUAUUUGUGAUUGCAAAUAAGAACAUAUGGUAAAAAGAAGUUUGUUUUAAUUUUAUUCAAGUAUAUGUAUAAUGAACGCUGCUAUAGUAUAUCAUGGUUGUUGCCAUUGAAAAUUAAGUUCUUGUAAA